CAGUCUUACAUUCGAGUUGGUUGAUGCCAACACAGACAGUUUAGCCUCAAACAAGAAAACAAACUCAGUGCCGUAACGACAACGAAAGCAAGUGCGAAGAAACGAACGCUGCGCUAAAGAUUAACACGACAAUUUCUCUUUCGGUGUGUGUCCGGUUGCAUCGAAGGUUUUUGGUGGAAUGAAAUCGUGUUUUCGACAGACUUAAGAAACAAGUUGUGAUUUGGAUGAACAGAUCCAUGCAAGAGAGAAGAGAGUGUGAAAACAAAAGAGAAUUUUGUUGUGAAUGAGAGAUUUGUGAAAGAGAUUUGUGUUGUGGUUUUCUGAAGAGAAAACAACAUUUUGUAAAGCUUUGAAUCAUGUUUCUUGAGAGCCAAAGAAAGUUAUGCCCAAAAUUGUUGGAAAAUAUGCAAGUGUUGGUGAGCUUUUGUCCAGCUGUUUUCCUGUAAAUUGUAAACAAAAUUUUUUUGGCCAUUUGGCUUCAGGGGAUGUUUGAACAGGCAUUUGUUGCCCCCUCUGAUGUGGAGCUGCAGCUGUUACAAUUAACGCAUUCUUAUCUAACCUAGGACUGAGUCGCAGGUGUUUUAUUUUUGUCUAGAGAGAUUACUUCUAAUCCCCGAAACCCAAAAUAUUUUUUUGAAGGGCAAGGCCAUUUGCCCGGUUUUUAGAUACAACGCAUACGAAACAAAAGUGAAGUGUUAUCAAUCAAAUUUUUUUUUGUUUGAAAAAAAUCCGUGAUAUUUUGUAUUGCAUUAAAAAAAACAAAAAAGGAGAAGCAGAAAAAAAUACAAAAACUCGAUGUUUCAAGUAGUGAAAUCUAAAUAGAAAACAAGUUUUGUGAUAAUAUUCAAAUCUGUUACAUACAUCAAAGCAAAAUACAAAAAGAAAGUGGCCUACGUUAUUGAUAUUAAAAAAAUUCAUGAAAAUUUCAAUAAUAAUAAGAAAGUUUUCAAAUAACAAUAACAACAACAACAUUUAAACCUAUGCAAAUAUCCAUGUUAAAGACCCCAACAAAACUGGUGUUUGGUCGCUUCGGUGGCAGCCGGUAUUGAAGCACAGCUAAACAAGCACAGAAACCUUAGAUUCAAAUUUUCAAUCUUUUUUUUUUUGUUGGCCUUUCACCAAAAAAACGAUUCGGAUAUUUGGUUACACCAGUCAGUUGUCAAGACAUUUGGAGGCCGUUAACAAGUGUUAACGUGUUUUUUUUUAAAGGAAAGUGCCUCUGGCAUUUCAAGAAAGGCCAUUUACAUCAUCAUAAAGACCAGAAAAAAAAAAAACAUUUCAAGAACACUUGGCAGCUGAGAUUUUGAAAUUUAAGAACAGUAGCAUCAUCAUUCGGCCUGAGAUUUUUUUCAAAGGUGUCUGCAAAACCAAAAGAAUAACACACACACACAAAAUGAGACCAUUUCCAGUCUUACUUCUAAUUGCCAUUACCUUGGCCAAUGGUUACAGUAACGGUCACAUUAGUCACAGUGGCCAUCUGAUGGGCAACAUUAACAUUAAUGACAUUAAUAAUAUUGCUGCGGCCACAAGUGACAGUAGUAACAGUGCCAGUAGCAGUACCAGCAGCAAUAGCAACAGCAAUAGUGUUAGUCAUAGUUAUACCAAAAAUACAUUUAAUAAUGACAGUGUCAGUACCUUCAUUGUAACGCCCAUAAAUGUGGCCCCCACAUCAUCACCAUCAUCACCAUCAUCAUCAAUUACGUCAAAACAUACAACCUCCCCCGCCGGCGCUGCACCCUCUUCCACAUUACCAUCUUCAUCUGCAUCAUCAUCAUCAGCGCCAUCAAAAGAAGCCAACUUAUCGGAUCUCCCAAUCACAAGUUCGAAUACAUCAACAGCUCUGCGCGAUAAACGAGAUACCAACUUUGGUUUGGAUCCCUCGGAAAUUGCUAGACAAAAUCAGAUUACCCAACAACUGCUGUCGACAUAUUUGCAAACCCGUCUAGGCCUGGGAGUUGGAGUUACACAAAAAGUGCCCACAAUUGCCGAAAUAUUGCCACAGGCCAUACUUACACCGAUUACAACGACGACCACGACAACUACGACAACGCCAAAGCCAAGAUACACCAAAUCAUUGAAACGGCCAAGGCCAAGAGGAUUCUCGGUGACAUCUGGUUCGUCGAAACGUUCCGGCUUUUCAAAGCCGAAUUAUCAACGGAAAACUUAUGGCAGUAGCUCCAGCCAGAGAAAGACUCCGAAUUCGUUGCAGGAAUUACUAAAAUAUCGCAACUAUGCCAGAACACGGGCCGAAAAACAGCAACAAAACCAACAGCAACAGCCAGAAGAUGAAUAUGAAGAUGAGGGAGAAUCAGAACCAGAGGGCGAAGAAGAAUCGGAGGUAGAUGAUUAUGAAAGCAAUGAGGGAACCGAGGCCGAUGAGGAGGAAGCUUCCAACAACAAAACCCUUAAUUUCCAACGACCUCCACAACAGCACCCCGAACCAAAUGACGAUGUCGAUGAUUACGAUGACUAUCGUACGCAAUACACACGACCCCGUUAUCGUUCACAUCAGCAGCAGCAGCAGCAACGUUACCGCUCAUAUCACACCUACCAUCGCCACUAUGACGACGACAUUGACCAGGAUGGACAGGAGGCAUUGCAGAGCGUUGAAUCGGAACAGCAUGAUCACUACUAUAAGACACGGGGCGAUAUCUUUGCCAGAGAUCCCAGCGAAAAUGAAAUUGACAGUGAUUGUCCACACUGUGUAGACGACACGCAAUACAUGAACAAAUGGACAAUGCCGCUGUUGAAACUUGGCGAAAAGCGUUAUUAUCUUGGCAUCUUCUUCAAGGCAAAUUGGUUUAAGGCCACACAAUAUUGUCGUUAUCAUGGCAUGCACUUGGCAAGCAUAUCAUCGCAAGAAGAGAACGAUAGACUGGAGAAACAUAUCAAAGAUUUUGGUUUGGGUAAUGAACAUUUCUGGAUAUCGGGUACCGAUCUAGCCGAUGAGGGUAGCUUCUUCUGGAUGGCCACCGGUCGCCCGAUUACCUUUACAAAUUGGAAUGCUGGCGAACCGAAUAAUUUCCGCUAUGAAAAUGGUGAAGAGGAAAAUUGCAUGGAACUGUGGAAUCGUGAUGGCAAGGGUCUGAAGUGGAAUGAUUCACCCUGUAGUUUCGAGACAUAUUUCGUGUGUGAAGUACAACCCUAAGUAUGGAUGAAUAGGUGGAACCACAACGACUACUACAACAACCACAACAACAAUGGAUUUAGGAUAACAAAUUUUAAGCGAAUUAAGAAAAAACAAAACGAAUUGGCAAGAAAAUAAGUAAAACAAAAAAAAAAAAAAAAACAUGGAUAGUAAUUUUUUAGCUCUCUUUUUUUAGGCUUUUUUCCAUAUUCCAUAACGCUAGUGGCUUUCACAAAUGUCCUUUACAUUUCAUUCAACAAAUGCAUUUGAUUUAGUUUAGUUGGAGAAAAAUAUUGCAAUUUUUAAUAAUUUGCUUAAUUUUUAGUUAAAAUGCAUGCAUGCAAUUAAAGAAAAUGAUAAUCUCUCUCUCGCUCACACGCUCUCUCUGCCACUGAAUCACAACAACUGAUAACAAUAACUCACUUACUCACAAAUACAUGCAUAAUUUACACAUAUUGUUGCUACCACAAUUAACACAAUGACGAUGUCGACGAAGAGCUUUGAAUGACAGAAAGAAGUCUGUGCGUAGUUUAUUUUUACCAAAGGAUUUGUUUGGAAAUCCUUACAGAUUUUAGUGAUACAUCCGACCAAUUGACCGACCGACCGCCCGCCCCUCACUCACUCACAAUACAAAAACACUAUCAUAUGUUGCUUUUCAUGCCUCUUCAUUUGUAGGAAUAGUUUAAAAAAUGAAUGAAGAAGAAUGUACGUAUUUUUUAAUCGUUUUUUUAGUUUUUUUAGUUUUAGUAAUUAGUUAUAAUUAUUUAUGUUUACAACAAAAAGACAACAAUCUAAAUGUUCAAACAAAUGAUAUUGUUUAGUAAUUAAAGAAAGAAAAUAAAAUGUAAAUAAAAUUGAAAAAAAAAAAAAAAAC